AUGCACAGUUUCCUACAAGGUUUGGGUGUGGGACAUCCUAAGGAAGUUUCUUUUUAUAAAACGAUGGGCAAACAACGUUGGACGCCUACAUCUACACAAUUGCAAAUUCUGGAAUUUAUAUAUGAUCAAGGGGAUACAACUCCGAGCAAAUCUAGAAUCACGGAGAUAAUAUCUGAAUUAUUGUUGUAUGGUUCAGCUUCUGAAGUGCAAAUCUAUAAUUCGUUUAGGAAUAAACAUGCUCGUUUAAAAAGAUCUACAAAAUUACAAGCAUCAAAAGAGAAUAAAAAGGUUAUAGUAUGUACAUCUUCAACUCGACUAAGCCGAACUAGGCAUUAUUUUAAGUCUACAGGUUUGUAUAAUAUAUAUAUUUUUUAA